UGGUUGCGAGCAAGACGCGUAGCUACGACACGGAGCUCCAUUCAUUUCCAGGGGCCUCUCCUGGUCUAGAAGUGUGCCCAUGGUCUUUCCUGCUCUGCCCUUAAUCUCGGUGUGAGCUGUGCCUUGGAUAGACACUGCUGAAUCUGUAAGAGAUGUCACUUCCACUACCACCCCAAAGCUCCAAACAUGAGACUAAGAAAUCUCGGUCCAGCGAAAUUGUACCCAGUGAUCAUGACCAAUUUGAAAAGAAAGGGGAGAACUACCAAGCAAAGAUAGCUCCAUCUUUACCUCAGGGACCACUCAAAAAGAGAUCAGCUCUGGAAGAUGUCACCAAUGCUUCUCAAAGUCAACCUGCCCAGCUCAAGAGGGAAGCCAAUAAGGAGUUUGUUAAAGAAGUUUCCAAGAUGAUAAACAGGGACACACCUACUCUUGGAGUGGCCGAAAACAAUGAGAUGAAUAUGAAAAAGUAUAAGCUGGAACCUUCACCAGUAGCAGUUUCUACCACCAUGGUACCAAACACUGUGGAGAAACCACUGCUUUCGGAGAUGUCUACCAUCUCUCAAACACCCACUACUGAGGAGGCAUCUCUUUUCAAAAAGCCAUUAGUUUUAAAAGAGGAACCCACUAAUGGGGACGCAGUCCUCACCAAGAGGCCAUUAUCUUUAAAGACGCACACAAAUCAGGGGGAAGCGUCCCUGUUGGAGAAGCCACUAUCCUUGCAGAAGGAGAAUGACAAUGAUGGUGAGUUUGUUGCAGAGCCAAUGACACUUGUGAAAAAGCAUGAAACUGAGAAGGCAGCCAUCACCAAGAGGACAUUGCCCUUAGAGAAGAUGUGCACAAAUCAGGGGAAGCAGUCCUGCCAACAGGAGGAGGUGGCCUUGCAGGAAAUUAACGCUGAAGAGCAUUGCUUUAUGGAGCUGAUGAACGUCAUGAAGAAGCCUAAAACUGAGGAGACAAUGCUCAUGCAGAGGCUGUUAACUUUAAAGAAGAAGUGUGCCACUCAGGGGAAGAUGUCCCAUAAGAAGAAGCCACUAGUAUUGCAGAAGACCACCUCUGGAGAAAAGGGGCGUAUGAAGGAAUCAUUGCCCUUUAAGAAGAAGCCUACCACUGAAAAGUCCCUUUUCCAAGAGCCAUCUCUGUUACAAGAGAAGCACACCACUCAGGAGAAGGUAGCCCUCUUGAAGGAUUCACGGGUAUUGGAGGAUAGUCACAGUAAAAAUAAAUCGGUUUUGGAGUCAUUUUCCUUUAGGAAGGAACAUAUCACAAAUGAGGCAGCCUCCAUCAAGGAGCCCAUCAUUCCAGUAACGAUGUCCACCUGCCAAGAACUGGUGGGCUUGCAGAAUACGGUUGGCAAAGAGAAUGCUUCCUUGUUUAUGGAGCCAGUGUCAUUUAGGAAGAAGUCUUCAACUGAGGGGACAGUCCCUACCAAGACACUGGUCUCUUUAAAGGAGAAGAGAAAAACUCAGAGGGAGAUGGUCCCCUUAAAUAAGCCGCUGGUCUUAGAGAAGAGCACUUCUGAAGAGGAGUCACUCUUUAAGAAGCCAUUUCCCUAUAAGAAGAAGCCUUCAACGAAUGAGGGAGUCCUCUUCCAGGAUCCAUCUGUAUUGAAAAAGAAGCACACCACUCUGCAGGAGGUAUCCCUCUCAAAGAAGCCAUUAGCUUUGCAGGUAAAGACCACCAAUGAGGAAGAAGCAUGUAUUAAGAAACCAUUAGAGGAGAAGCUUACCACUGAGGAGGAAGUCCUCUCUCAGGAGCCAUUUUCAUUGCAUGUUAAUCCUACCAACAAAUAUGGCCCCACUUCCGGGAAGGGUUUGAAUGUGCAGAAGACUGAUACCAAAGAAGACUCCUUGAAGAAGCUGGUGGCUUUGCAGAAGGAAGGCACCACUGAAGAGAAAUCCAUUGUCAAGAAACCAUUGGUUCUGAAGAACGUCUCCACUGAGGCAACACCAAGCAUAGAGAGCCAAUUAUAUUUAAAGAAGAAGCCCACUGCUCAAGGGGAGGGGUUCUUGCAGAAGCAGUUGGCCUUUAAAGAUAACAUCACCAAUGAAGAGGAGUCCCUUCUUAAGCAGCCCCUGGCUUUGCAGAAGCCUGGCAGUGAGAAGAAUGCCAUCCUGAAGGAAUUCUUGGCCUUGCAGGAGCCCAGCAGUGAGAAGGGGGCCCUCUUUAAGGAGCCAUUAGCCUUUCAGGGGCAGCCUACCAUCAAUGAGGCAUUCCAUUUCAAGGGGAUAUCCCCCUUGAGUGGGAAACCCACCACGGCACAACAGUUCUGUUUUGGGAAGCCAGUGGACUUGCAAGAGACUCCCACCCACAAGGAAGACACCUUUCUUAAAGAUUACUUGGUCCUUCAAGUUAAGACCAACCCACGUAUGUCCAGCACUGCCACUGUGUCCAGAACAGGCAAGUCCAGCACUGCCACCUUGUCCAGUCUGCGCGACUUGAGUACCACAAGCAAUUCCAGUGCUUGUGAAUCCAGUUCCAAUAAACCUUUCUCAUCUUGGGACAAGAUAUCACAGAAUGAGCAGAUAACCCCACCGGAGGAUAUGGAGAAUUACCACAAUUAUCAAUUUUUCAAUUCAGUAUAUGCCAACGAUAUUUUCGAUUACAUGAAGCAGAGAGAGGAAAAGUUCAUACUUGAAAAAUACAUGAAUAGGCAGACUGACAUCAACAGUGACAUGAGGGCCAUUCUUGUGGACUGGUUGGUGGAGGUGCAGACGACCUUUGAGGUGAGUCACGAGACCCUCUACUUGGCAGUGAAACUGGUGGACCACUACCUUACGGAGGUAAUAUGCAAGAGGGACAAGCUACAACUCAUUGGUUCCACUGCUUUUCUGAUUGCAGCAAAAUUUGAGGAGCCCUACCCACCUUGUGUGGAUGACUUCCUGUACAUCUGCGAUGAUAUUUAUCAGCGAAAGGAGAUGCUCGCCAUGGAAAUUAGCAUCCUGCAAACCCUCAACUUUGAUAUCAACAUUCCUGUAGCCUAUCAUUUUCUGCGUAGAUAUGCUGUGUGUCUCUGUGCCAACAUGAACACACUGACCUUGUCCCGCUUCAUCUGCGAGAUGACCCUGCAGGAAUACGACUAUAUCCAUGAGAGGGCUUCCAGGCUAGCUGCUGGCUGCUUCCUCCUGGCCCUCUACAUGAAGAAGCUCGGACACUGGGCUCCCACCUUGGAGCAUCACAGUGGCUACAAGACCUCUGAUCUUCACCCCUUGGUCAAGCAGCUGAACAACAUGCUGACUUCACGUUCUUGCAAUAAGCUCAAGGCUGUGCAUUCCAAGUAUUCUCACCAGGUCUUCUUUGAAGUGACCAAAAUCCCCCCCGUUGGCACGUUGGAGCUGGAGGAGAUUGUGAGCUCCUGCCACUUCUGAGACUGAGUGCCUGGAACUCUGGCAGCAGUCAUCAAGGCCAGGCACGCAUUUAAAUUAAAGAGGCUAUAUUUAUUCUGUCCUUGAAUUUAUUUUCUUUUUUUCACUUUUCUUCAUGUUUACUGUCUUUGUUUGACUUUUCCCAAACUGUUAAUGUUAUAAAUAUUUAAGUCGUUUAUGAAAGAAAAAAA